AUGAAGGCGAAGCCCAAGCCAAAAGCCAAGAAGGACAAAGAUGCGAAAGGCGUCAAGCCCAAAGAGAGUGCCAAGGUCGAGCCAGAAAGGAAAGAGGAGCCGGCAAAGCCUGAAGAAGGUGCCCCAAGCUCCCCCGCGGCUGGAUCCGGAGUUGCGGCGGCCCGCCAGAUGCGCAGCAAGGCCGAAAGCGCCGAAAGCGCCGAGGCACCUGACCUCAGUGCGAACAGGAAGCCGACAUCAGAGCAGCCGGAGCAGGAGCCCGCAGCUGAAACGGUCGUGGAUUCCGGAGCGCCGGCAACAGAGGAGGCCCCGUCGGCAUCGACGGAAGCCAAAACACAGCAGCCUGCCAAGGAUCUGUCAUCCAUUCCGGAUCCCUGGGCAGAGAUCAGUGAUGAGCUCGCCCUCGCACGGAUAAAGGAGGAGGAGUGGGAAGUGAUAGAGGUUGCCUCGGAGCCUUCUGCGCCCAGCCAUUUGGCCGCCAAGGAUUCCGAGCUCAGCGACAUGCGGCCGAGCGACGGCCAGCGAAAGCAGCUCGUUUCAGCUGAUGUCUCAGAGAACAACAUCGCGACAGCCGAGGCGUUAGGAGGGCCGCUGUGGCUGCGGUAUUUGAACAUCAGCCUGAACCCCAUCAGCUCACUGGAUGGGUUGGCGCACCUUUUUCCGAGGCUUCUUGUCCUCGACCUCAGCUUCGUAGAGCUUUCCGAGGUUUCUGGUGCUUGGACUGCUCUUGCCGCGCUGCCAAGGCUUCGCAAGUUGGUUGCCGAGGGCAGUGGCGUGGCCAGCUUCGAUGAGCUAGAGGACAUGCCUGAGCUUCGCAUGCUGGAGCUCAAUGGCAAUGCGCUGGAAGAGCUAUCGGAGCUGGACACGCUGGCAGCAAAGUGCCCUGGGCUUUUGGAGCUCGACUUGCGUGAGAAUGACCUGGCCUCGGAGCCGGGCUAUGCCAAGAAGGUGAAGAAACUUUGGCCGAAGCUCGCCUGGUUCGACGGCCAAUCCCAGAAAAAAUACGUGGCAGCAGGUGCAGCUGCUGUUUACGAUGCAGAGGUGAUGCGAGAAAAGGAUGUCGCCGCCAUCGAUGGAAUGUUCAAGAACGAGUCCUGCUCGUGUCUUGAAGGCAACCCCUGCCUCGAUCGGGCGACCUGCAAGGAUUGGGCCAACCGAGAGAAGGUCGCCGCAGCAGCACGAAAGAAGAAAGGUUUGCGGGACGACGCAGGCAAGAUGCUGUGA